AUGGGAGUGUGCCACGACACCUUGGUGGUUAUGGUGCUUUGGGUAUUGCAUUAAGGGGAACCUUUCCAUUGUAAGAAGUCAAACCAUUUUUACCUGGGAUCCAACAUGCUCCGCUCCCUGCCUCCACUACUAAUGCUGGAGUGUCUGUUAAACCCACGCUGCCACUGAAAAGGAGUUUACUGCCAGAGAGCUCACUCUGCCACUGUCAUAGAACUCACACAUAAAUAACUAAUAAAUACAUUCUAUGUUUACAAAUUGUCUGAGGAAACAUCAAUUGCAUUGUUACACCAGUGAAAACUUUCCUCCUGAAAUACAUGUUUAAACAAACCAACCACAGCAUAUAUUACCAGAAGUGAAAGCUACUAUCAUUAUUGUUAAAGGAACACCAUAGUCACCUAAAUUACUUUAGCUAAAUAAAGCAGUUUUAGUGUAUAGAUCAUUCCCCUGCAAUUUCACUGCUCAAUUCACUGCCAUUUAGGAGUUAAAUCACUUUGUUUCUGUUUAUGCAGCCCUAGCCACACCCCCCCCUGGCUAUGAUUGACAGAGCCUGCAUGAAAAAAAAACUGGUUUCACUUAUAAACAGAUGUUAUUUACCUUAAAUAAUUGUAUCUCAAUCUCUAAUUUGAACUUUAAUCACAUACAGGAGGCUCUUGCAGGGUCUAGCAAGCUAUUAACAUAGCAGGGGAUAAGAAAAUCUUAAUUAAACAGAACUUGCAAUAUAGAAAGCCUAAAUAGGGCUCUCUUUACAGGAAGUGUUUAUGGAAGGCUGUGCAAGUCACAUGCAGGGAGGUGUGACUAGGGUUCAUAAACAAAGGGAUUUAACUCCUAAAUGGCACAGGAUUGAGCAGUGAGGCUGCAUGGACAUGUUCUAUACACCAAAACUGCUUCAAUAAGCUAAAGUUGUUCAGGUGACUAUAGUGUCCCUUUAAUACUUAUAUAGCGCUUGCUCAUACGUGUUGUUAGGGUGGGCUUUAUGGGUUAUUUAGCCCCUGAUCUCUUUUAUAAAACGAAAGCUCAAUAGUAUAGUUCUCUGACAGACCACCUUCUCUCUGCUAGUGUGGCGGUCAUUGAAUUUUCUUGGGACUCAAGCUUCAGGUGUUUCUGGAACAUGUAUUUAUUUAUUUAUAAAAUAUUUUACCAGGAUACAUUGAGAUUUCUCUCAUUUUCAAAUAUUUCCUGGGUCCACUAAUCAUUGCAUCGUUAUAAUAGGGUACAAUAAAAUACAAAGACAUAUUAAUACACAACAUAUAUAAUUUUUUUUUACAUAGAACAAAGCUUACAUGCAAAGUUUUACGGAUUAUAGCGGCAGGAUGUAGAGAUUUAUUGGAUGAUGGGGGUGAAAGAAAGGGGACAUCAGUGGCAAGGCAGUGAUUCUGUAGGGAAGAAUUAGAGAUAGCACAAUGGACCUAAAAGAAUACUGUCAAAGUCCUAGAGUUUAUUUGGUUAAAUUUUAGGUCCUGAUGUGAACCCUUUAUAACUCUACACUCCUCUAUAAGUCCACUUCUGUUUCCAAAUCCUCUCCAAACCACCCUCUUUGUUUUUUCAAUAAGAUGAUUCAGAAACAUUAUGUCCCAGGACGUCAUGCAUGCUUCACCCUUCCUCUGCAAUUACUUAUCACUCUGUCAGAGACGCCCUCAAAAGGGAUGUAAAAUGCAUAAUUUCCCUGGAUAAAAAUCACCUCUUCAUGCUGUUGUGCAUUGAAUGCUACAAGUUGCCCUGAAGUACAUAGUAUUUAAAUACAGCAGGCAAGAAAUCAGUCAAUUAAAAGAGGAGAAUUCCUAAGCUAUUUCAUGCCUGCAGCAUAUGAAUUUUUCAUAUUAAAGGACAGAACUUUUCAUGUGCUGUCCAUAAUCACAAAGAAAUAAUAUAUGUUGUUAAAGUGGCACUGUAAGCACCAUAACCACUACAGUGCUUUGGUCAUUGUGCCAGGUGUCCCCUGGUGCAGUCCCACUGUAAGCUGUCAAAUAGUUUAUAAAAGGUUUGACAUUUAUGGUUGUGUCCAGUCUGCACUGAUAUGCUAACAAUAGAUGUACAACUUUGGACGUUAUUUAUCAUCUCAGAGUGUUAGCUGACUAAUGUCCAAAUUUUCACUAAAUUGCUAGUUAUUGCUGAACGUCUACUUUUGCAUAUCAGAAGAGACAAGAAGGACUGCAGGCACCCAUUAGACCUGGGUAAGUGUCAAACUGUACAUGUAGCAUGUGACAACUUACAAAGGUAGCACUGCCUCCAGGUGUCUCCUUGCACCAUAGCAACUGCAACCCUCUGUAGUAGCUAUGGUGCCGAAUACCGCUUUAAGAAGGCAAAGUGGAUCUAGAAAACUGCCCCCCAUAUUUCACAAUUAUUAAACAUGGGUCCAAAAGCCCAUCUAUUCAGAAAGUUUACAACCACUCAAUAAUCUUCUACAAUUUGCUGGUACUCUGCAUUUACAUAAUAAAGCAAUUUAUUUUUCAUUGAAGGUAAUAUUUGUUUGUUUUGCUAUGUCUUACAGCAAAUUUCGCAACUACUUUCUUUGCUUCACCAAGGACAAGUUCAUCCUAGGACUCUUCAUAGAGGGAACAAGUAUUCCUCUAAAUCUGUCAGGUAACAAAACACAUUCGUGGGCAAAGAAAUUCACAAAAACUGAUGGUGUUGACAAUUAGUUUGCUGAAAUGAAGGCACAACUGCUAAUCAGGAAAAAAAUAUCUUAGCUUGUUUGAGUUGAAAAAUUACUUUUAAUGUGCUUGUAUUCAGCCACCUCUACUGCAGACCAAGCUUCAAGAGGCAUAUUUGAAAGCUAGACAACAUUAUGUAAAGAUACCCAAUAAACAAAGGAACCUGCUGCUGAAGCACAAGUUUGUAUCUCCUGCUGUGUAUAUUGAACUGUAAUCACACACAGGAGGCUCGUGCAAGGUCUAGCAAGCUAUUUACAGUGCAGGAGAUAAAAAUUUCUAAAUUAAACAGACUGUGAAAUAAAUGAAGUAUAAACAUUAGAUAUCACUUUACAGGAAGUGUUUAGGAAGGCUGUGUAAGUCACAUGCAGGUAGGUGUUCAUAGGGCUGCAUAAACAUAGUGAUUUAACUGCUAAAUGUCGGAGAAUUGAGCAGUGAGACUGUAGGGGCAUGAUCUCUGUACCAAAACUGCGACAUUAUGCUAAAGUUGUUUUGGUGACUCGAGUUUCCAGUUAAUACAGUGUGUAAAAGCAGCCCUUGAUCAUAGAGUACAUACUAAGCAAAACUUGGACAUAUGGAAUCCAGCCGACAUCUAACCUCUGGGCCCUAGAUGACUACCUAAGGUCACUUUAUGGCUAGUCAUGGUCUGCCACAUUUAUACCUAUGACAAAAAACUUUAGGGCCAUUGAAGGGAUGCCAGAGCCCAAGCGCAGUUUUCACAGGGGCCACUAGUUAACAGAGAAAAUAUACAGACAGGCCUGGUUGCCACACAUGGGUGAGAUCUUUCAAUAUUGAAACUAACAUGUUACCUUAUAGAUGUUUUUCCCAUUAAUACAAGCUGAAUGGAUGGGGCAUUUCUCUCAUAUUUUUUCAAGACAAUUUUUUUUUUCUUUAUUUUUGUCCUUUUCUUAUAGUUUAUUUUGUUUUUAAUUGAACGAGUAACGCUAUGAGAGAUUCACAAGGAAUAAUAUAACAUAUGCUGUCUUAGACACAGAGACAUUUAGUCAAUAAGUCCCCUUAGUGGGUGUUUGCAAAGUAAUUUCUUUACAUAGUUUUUUUUCUAUGAUUUUUACAUCUACUUUGUUUCUUCUCCUUAUUUUUUACAUUUGUGAGAACAGAGAACGAUUAGGCUCACUGAUAAUUGAGUCACUUGGAGAAAUUGCUACUGUUUAAUGGAACCAAUACAGAGAAUUGUAGUUUUUUUUUUUUAAAUUCUUUAUUUAUGAAUUUAUUAAUAUUUUACAAUCAAAGAGGUGAUUUCAGCAGCAAUAAAACAAAGCAAAAACAAGUACCUUUACAAGCGUACAAAAUGUUUUUAAAGGCACAUGCGCAACUUAAUCAAAAUUGUCCUAUUAUAAGAAGCAUAUCCAUUUUCUAUGUGCUUUGUGAUACUGUAUAGGAAGGCAAUCCUGAGUAUGUUGGUUAUCUGAAUGUUUUUAUAUGUAUUUGUAAGAAUUUUUUUGUGUGCACAUUUUAAACAUAUAUUUGUUUUACGCUAUGUCUAGGCACAUACAUUUCUGUUCACAGUAACACAGUGAUAAAUUAAGAAAAAGUAACAUUAUACAGAAGAAGCAUACUUUCUGGUUAAUAGCUGUAUUUUUUUGGAGUGUUAAGAGUGAUAUCAUCAGUAUGUAUUUGUGAAAAAAAAACUUUACACAGAGUAUGCAUGAUCUCUAUUAAUGACUAAAUUCUUCUUCAGAUCUGCAGGACAGGAUGCUGACUGGCAGAGUACAAAGGAUAGUGGUCAUGGUGAGAGUGAAGCAGGAGACUUGGACUCUGAGCCUGGAGCUGAUCUGCCCUCCAGUCAUCAAUUGAUAGAGGAUAGUCUGGAGACACUAUUGAGGCCAUGUGGAGGUAAUUAUUAAUUUAAUAAGAUACAAUGAACAAAACAAACUUGAAACCUAUUUUUUUCAGAAAGGCAUACACCAUAAUGUACUAGAUUUUUAGUUCUUCAUUGCUUAUAUUUUGUAUUUGAAAAUGUUUUACAUCCACAGGGACUCUUUUAACCUUUUUAAAGGGAGUCCCCCAGCCCUUUUUAUACUCACACGAUUCCAGUAUCGAUCUCCUGUUCCGAUGUUACGCGACAGGGGGAGUGGGGGGGAAUUGGAAGGAUAAGUGCUUUAGAAUCUCCCAAUAUGAGAACAUUGCAGGAAUGAUUUUCUAUGGGGAUUUUUACUGACGCUGGAUGUCCUCAUGCAGAGCGUGAGGACUUCCACCGUCAAGCUACCAAAAGUGCAUAUACGUAAUGUCCUUUUAUUUUGUAUUUGCGGCUCUAAACAACCCUGCUUUCAAAAUAGAUAACAUAAAAGUACUGUCAUUGUAAUUAUCUAUCCAUAAUUUUUCAGGUUUUGCUUAUUUUAAGUAAAUUUUUGUUUAAAAUAACAGGUUCUGGAGUCCAGAGAUUCAGUGAGCUAGACCCAGGAUGGAUAUCCAGACUCUCCUUGCCUUUGGCAAACAGCUACAAGGAAAAUAUCUUUACUCCAAACAGCCAAUUAUCACAACAGCCUCCUAUAACAGCUGCUGAGAGAGAAGAACUUAGAACUUUCCUGACUUUUGGCAAAGCCUGUGACGAAUCCCAAGGGAGCAGACUCGCCAGUACCUUCCUCUCUGAGAUGAGUUCUCUCUUUGAGAUGCUGCUGAAUCAGAAAGCAGAAUCCCAUGGUGACAACACUUCAGAAGUGCUCAUGAGACUUUCAGCCUGCAGCAAGAAUUUAGGAGUGGAUGGUUCUAAAUGAGAUUAUCUUAAUACCUGAUACCAGUAGUGAGGAGGGACUGAACAUCUACUUCUAUGUCUAUAAAACUAUUUUCAUUGGGAGAGUGCUAAACUACCCACAACAAAAAUAUCCUGUAGUAUAACAAAACUUAUAAAGUUACAGACAGACCGUGUUGUGCAAAAAUGUUCAUCCAAGUCUUCAGUUUAACGGCCUUGUCUGCAAUUUCAUUCAAAUUUCCUAAGCACAGUAGAUGGAUAAACUCGAAAUUUAUAUUUUGAGAAACUGCUGUUGCUAUUUAAAUGAAAAAAUAUUGAAAUAUGCACUAUUUCACUAUGCGAAAUGUCUUUGGAGCUUCUGUUGAGAAAGUAUUUGGUUUAGGGGAUCGCGUUUUCAACAACUUUAUCACCAUCACAAUUCUCAUAAAACAUACACUACGCUUAACUACCACAAUGGCUCAGAUAAGCAAUGUGCAUUUAUUGUAGCCUGGUGGUAACCAUACUCCCUCUUCUGUCUAGAUACACAACACAUUAUAAAUGUUAUAUGUGAUAUUUGUACGUAAAAUAUGGUGGAACCUUUAUUUGGCAAUGCAAAGUAGAGGUUGACUUGGUUUGCAAGAAACAACCUUGUAGCAGCCAACUAAAGGCAACAAGCAUGAACUAUUACUUUUGAAAGAAGCAUUAUCUUGGGAAAACUCUUAAUGGAAAUAUUUGUUGUGUAUAUUGUGAGCAUGUGCAUCAUAUUGUUCACCUAUUCAGUAGAAGUGGCUGUGCAUUACUAAAACAUUUAGAUUGAGGAACCAAGGAUAGGAAUCCACAGGCAUCACAGUGUGGGGUGCAAAUAGUAGGAUUUAUUCUGGAUAAAAAGGACAUAACAUACAACGUUUAGGCCAUAACAUGACUAAGGCCUCACAGACUAAACAUUGUAUAAUAUUUUGUUGUUUUUGUCCAGAUUAAAUCCCUCCAUUUGAACCCUACACGGUGAUGCCUGUGGAUUCCUAUCUUUAGUUAUCCUGGUGGGUAAUGGACCCUCACCCAUAGAGCUCCAACAUAUUUUACUUGUGUGCAGCACUCCCUUAUACUGUAGAAUGAGCAACCAGUACAUGUUGAAUUAUACAAGGAUCUGCAUAAAAACGGGCAAACCCGUAUUACUGAUAGCAUUGUGAUUCCUGAAUGCAAAGUCUCAUAUUAGAUACAAGUGCAAUGUGUAUACAAUGUAGGGGUUACAUUUUAGUUCUAUGCUCUUAGCCAGGUCUUAAAAGUUACUUUUCGACUUUAAGCCUGCAGGAUCUAUGGCACACUCACCAGGAGCAAAUCUUCCAAAGACUACUGUCGAGUGGAAAUUUUGAGCCCUGCGAUAUCUCAUGUGUACACAAAACACAACACGUACUUUAUUGCAUGAAAUCCCAUCAUGUGAAGCACUAGUAACACAUUUGUGCAUUUCCAUCCCAUUGUUCAACUGUAGGUCUCACCAAUUUAUGCAAAUGAGUGUAAUGGAUAUUUCGGUGAAUGUAAACCAUAUAAAGUGUUAUUUAUAUACACUGUGAUAUCAUACAAUCGUGUAUUACAGUGUAACAAUAUGCCAAGUCUAUCCUAUAUUUUUUGAAGAUUUACUGAUCUAGAAUUGGUGCUUAUUGCAACUUAUUUCCUCUACCUCAUGAGACCUUUACAGUUUGGUGCUGCCCGAUCACUAGAGUAAGGAGUUAUCAUUGGUGUUUAAUGAAAGCUGUCUAUCAGAGCCUUUUUCACACUGAAGGUACUGUACAUAAGCCUGACAGUGAGGUAUUGCAGUGGGCGAGGGAGAUCGUUGCAGUGUAUCCAUCACAAUAAUGGAAUUGUAUGCAAACAGGUACUCAUGUGAGCACACCACUACUGACUGUAUUUAAAUAGAAAUAUGACAAUACACACAAAUACACUUCUUUCAAGAAAUAGUUGAAGACUUUCAUAUUUUCUACGGCUGCCAUGCUGGUAUACAUUAGUUUUUUGUUUGUUUUUUAAUUAUUCAUAAAGAUACUAUCAUCUCAGUUUCCAUUAUUUAUCCAUAAAUAUAAAGGUUCUGCUUAUUUUACAUUCUCUUACUAAAAUCAUAAUUAUCAUGCAGUUCAUAUUAAGUUCUUAAGACCAUUGUACAUUACAUAUACACAUAUAUAACCUCAGAGUGGUUCUGCAUUGGAUUACAUAUCAUUAAGUAACACGAUUAAAUUAAUCAUGAGGAUGUUAUGGUCUGAGUGGAAGGUAUUAUAGGGGUUUGAGGCAAGAAUGAAUUGGAAUACCAGUAAUGACAGAGGAUAAAAGGAAAAACAACAACAAUUAAAUAUUGAAUGCAAUACACCCCCACAAGAAUAAGGCAAUAAAUAAACAAGCACAAUUAAAGUCAUGGUAUGAAAUACAGAGCAAAUUCUAAAUAGGAAUGUUGCAAUCUAGAAUGCUGGGUUCAUCUCAAAGAUGUAGUGAGUAAAAAGAUAUACAUGGAGGAUCAUUGCUAAUGGGUUAAAAUAGUCACUUUAACUGAACCCCCUCAUAUGCAAUGAAUAUAUCAUUUAUCAUAGAGAUACAUGAUAAAUUAAAUGCAAUUUUAAAAAAAAUUUUUUUAGAUAUCAUUAUUUAUCUUCUGUCCAGGGCUUAGUUCAGUUUUAGAAUAAGGGUAGUUCCUAAAUAUAGAGGGAUUUGGAAAACUCUUCCCUACUCCUGCAGUCAGAUUUAAAACAGAAACAGUACUGGUCUCAAGAAUGCAGUCAACCGUGUGAAUGAAAGACAGUUUUGUUUUAUUUAUUUAUGUUGUUUAUGAUUUUAAGAAAAAUAAAAAAAAUAUUAAAUAUCAUUAUCUGUUGCUUACUGUGUAUAAUUUUGAUUUGGAUGAAAAAAA